CCGUCGCAGGGACCGGUGACUUGCGGCAGGAGUUGCCCCUUUGCUAGCAGCCGUGGACGCCACUUUCAGAGCCGGCGAUCCGUCAAGGUUACUGCUUUCCAGGAGCCCGAGGAAGAGGGCUUUACAGCCUCGCCAAACGACAUGCAGGAAGCUCGGAUUAUUGUAGUCACGUCCGGAAAGGGUGGAGUGGGCAAGACAACCACCUCCGCCAACCUUGGCAUGUCGAUUGCGCGUCUCGGCUACAAGGUAUGCCUUAUUGACGCUGACAUCGGACUGAGGAACCUGGAUUUGCUGUUGGGUCUCGAAAACCGUAUCCUAUACACGGCUAUCGACAUCUUGGACGGGGAGUGUCGCCUGGACCAAGCCCUCAUUCGGGACAAGCGCUGGAAGAACUUGUCGCUACUCUCAAUGAGCCGUAACCGGCAGCGGUACAAUGUGACGCGCGCACAUAUGGUUCAAUUGUGCGAGGCGAUUAUCGCACUGGGCUACCAAUUUAUUAUCCUGGACUGCCCGGCCGGCAUUGACGUGGGCUUUAUCAACGCCAUCUCGCCAGCCAAGGAGUCCCUGAUUGUCACGACGCCGGAGAUCACGUCAAUCCGGGACGCUGACCGUGUGGCUGGCCUCCUUGAGGCUAACGGGAUCUACAACGUUAAGCUACUGGUUAAUCGGGUUCGCCCCGAUAUGAUUCAGAAGAACGACAUGAUGUCGGUGAAGGACGUCCAAGAGAUGUUGGGCAUCCCGCUGCUCGGCGCCAUCCCAGAGGAUCCCCAGGUGAUCAUUUCGACAAACCGCGGCGAGCCUUUAGUGCUACAGAAGCAGCUGUCCCUCAGCGGGAUCGCAUUUGAGAAUGCUGCGCGGCGGCUAAUUGGGAAGCAAGACUAUUUCGUGGAUCUGAACAACCCGCAUAAAGGGUUGUUCCAGAAGAUCGGCGAAAUGUUCAGCAACUGA